CCCUUUUUUUUUUGCCUUUCACUGAAAUUUUACCGAUGUUACUUUGAGUUGUGAGGAAAAAAGGUGAGGAAAAUAAUUCUGGUAAACCCUAGAACUACCUUUGUUUCCUCACAUCUUCAUCUGACACUCUCAUCACUUCUGCAAUUCGAUUCAAUUCACGCUUAUUAGUGAUUGAAGUUCAGGAACCAUGGGGAUCAUUGAAAGGAUUAAGGAAAUCGAAGCCGAGAUGGCUCGGACACAGAAGAAUAAGGCUACAGAGUAUCAUCUGGGUCAAUUGAAAGCAAAGAUAGCAAAGCUCAGGACACAGUUAUUAGAGCCUCCUAAAGGUUCUAGUGGAGGAGGAGAUGGUUUUGAAGUCACGAAGUUUGGGCAUGGACGUAUUGCACUUAUUGGAUUUCCAAGUGUGGGUAAGUCAACCCUCCUAACCACACUUACUGGAACUCAUUCAGAAGCUGCCUCAUAUGAGUUUACCACACUUACCUGUAUCCCUGGAAUUAUACACUAUAAUGACACAAAGAUUCAACUUCUUGAUCUUCCUGGAAUUAUUGAGGGAGCUUCUGAGGGAAAGGGGCGUGGAAGGCAGGUUAUUGCUGUGGCCAAAUCAUCAGAUCUUGUACUAAUGGUUUUAGAUGCCUCGAAAAGUGAGGGACAUCGGCAAAUAUUGACUAGAGAACUGGAAGCUGUGGGAUUACGUCUCAACAAAAGACCACCACAUAUCUACUUUAAGAAGAAGAAGACCGGGGGCAUUUCUUUCAACAGUACAAUGCCGUUGACACAUGUGGAUGAGAAGCUUUGCUAUCAAAUUCUUCACGAGUAUAAGAUUCACAAUGCAGAGGUAUUAUUCCGUGAGGAUGCCACUGUUGACGAUCUGAUUGAUGUGAUUGAAGGGAAUCGUAAAUACAUUAAAUGUGUGUACGUGUACAACAAGAUAGAUGUUGUUGGUAUUGAUGAUGUUGACAGGCUAGCAAGAUUGCCGAACUCUAUUGUCAUUAGUGCCAACCUGAAGCUUAAUCUAGACAGAUUACUGGCAAGAAUGUGGGAGGAGAUGGGACUAGUUAGAGCUUAUACAAAGCCUCAAGGACAGCAGCCAGAUUUUUCUGAGCCUGUGGUACUUUCUGCGGAUCGAGGUGGUUGCACAGUCGAAGAUUUUUGUAAUCAUAUACACAGAACGCUAGUGAAGGAUUUAAAGUAUGCACUUGUCUGGGGUACGAGUGCAAGGCAUUAUCCUCAGCACUGUGGACUCUCACAUGCCCUUCAAGAUGAGGAUGUGGUCCAAAUUGUUAAAAAGAAGGAGAAAGACGAAGGAGGGAGAGGGCGGUUCAAAUCACACUCAAAUGCCCCUGCCAGAAUAGCGGACAGAGAAAAGAAGGCACCACUGAAACAGUAGGACUCGUGGGGUGGAUGAUGUUGUGUUUUGAGUCCAUCAGGUUGUAAGGUCUUUUUCGUGGUCGAAAAGAGGUAUUUUCAAGAUCCUCUUCUAAGUCUUCAGUCAAAUACAACUGGGUUAUACCCAUUUUUGUCCGCAUCAGUUAGUAUUUGAUUAUGUCUUACAGUUUCAUUUGUUGUAACUUUAUGACUUACAUUUAUAGUUAUUUGAAAAGAAUUUUCUGUAGCUUUCAUUUUGCAUGCGUUUUACUCGGAAGUAAUUUCCUCCGUUCCUAAAUACUCGCUAUAGCAUUGUUUGUGGCUUUUACUCUCCUCUCCAGAUUAUAAGCUAUAGUUAGUCGGCUUUUGGUGAUGUAAAUUGACAUUUUAUACUAUGUUAAUAAUAAUACGCUACUCUGAAAUUACUAUGAAUA